GAUGAUGAUGGUGAUGAUGAUGGGGAUGACGAUGAUUAUGAUUAUACAGAAAGUGUUUAUGAUGAUGAUACUGAUGAUGAUGAUGAUGACGAUGAUAAUGGUGGGGAUGAUGAUUAUGAUAAAGAAGAAUCCGAAAACAUCGACACUCGUCAAAGCAACAAGGACCCAAGUUCUCUCAAAAGGAAACACAAAAAACAAAAUAAGAAAAGCCUCUUGACGUGUGAGUACUGUGAAAAAACCUUUACAAAUAAAGAAUACUACGAAACGCACGUUAAAGCACACGUAAGACCAAAGCCUUUACAAUGCAAGCACUGCGUAAAGAUAUUCAAAAAUGAAAAAACUCUGGAAAAUCACAACAAGAAGCACUUUGAAGAAGAAAUGACCUGUUUCCUUUGCUCGAAGAAUGUUCACAGCCGAUAUGAGUUGGAAACACACAUCUUAACUCACCCGAAGCAAAAAUCAUUUAAAUGUGAUACAUGUAACAAAGAACUUAAAUAUGUCCAGCAAUUUGCGAAACACUUAGCCAGGCAUGAAGAAUUGAAGUGCGAAAUUUGUUGCAAAGUGUUCCAAAACGAAAAACGACUCAUAAACCAUCGAAAAGCUCACAAAAAAACAAAUUCGUCGGAGCAAGCACCGUCUGAAGUAGAAUAUAAGGAGUGUUUGUACUGUGACAAAGUUUGUAAGCCAAGUGAGUUCAAAUCGCAUCUCAGAACCCAUGCGAAAAAGAGGAUAUCUCAGGGUCCCUUUAAGUGCAUGUAUUGUGGAAAGUUGAGCACCAGCCGUGCAAGUCAUGACCGCCAUUUAAGGACACAUACCAAAGAAAAGCCAUUUAAGUGUACUUUUGAGAACUGUGAUAAAGCCUUUGCAGGAAAAGGAGACUUGAAUGUUCACGUGCGCAGACAUACGGGGGAGAAACCUUUCAAGUGUGAUCGCUGUGGAAAGGCUUUCGUGAAAAAAUGGAACCUUGACGAGCACCUUAGAACCCAUACUGGAGCCAGACCCUACAAAUGCGAUUUCUGUGAAAAAUCGUUUGGAUUCAAGAACGUUUUAAAAGUUCAUUUAGCGCAGCACACCGGGGAAAAACCUUUUAAGUGUCCAAAUUGUGAGAACCAGUAUGUCAAGGAGGUGUUACUCAAGAUGCAUUUGGUAACUCAUUCCGGAGAAAAACCAUUUAAAUGCUUGCAGUGUGACAAAGCGUUUUUGUACAGUGGUGGGCUUAGAGAACACCUUCGUAUGCAUAAAAGAUAAUAAGAUUAUUAGAAACUGAACCUACAAAUACAGUAAAACCCCGCGUGUAAGAACCUAAAAUUUAAGAACCUAUCAGGCUGUAAUUUUCAUUUUAAGCACCCUUCACAUAAGAACCAUUUCAGGCUGAAAUCUCAAAGUAGGUUCUUAAUUUUCAAAUACAAAGUCAAUCUGUUUUAUUUUCUUGUAAAUAAUAAAAUAAGGUACUCUGUAUGUUAGAGUGCUUACACUGUGUCCAUGAAAUAGUACAGUUUUCGUAUGACUGUGAAAAGCYCAGUGCCGUAAGCGUGAGGUGCCGUGACCGUGAUGCUUUCUAGAAUUUUAAUUGGCUGAUUUUUUUCACGCGCAA